AUGGUGACUUAUGAAAUGAAAAGCCACACGUCCGUCACCAGUAGGGGCGAGACAGAGAGUGGCCUGGCUAUCCAGGAACGCGAUAAUGCGCAGCUCCAGCGCGUGGGCAAGAAGCCUGUCCUGAAGCGAAACUUUGGUAUUCUUUCCAUCCUCGGGUUUAGUUGCACGAUUUUGGGUACUUGGGAGGGAUUGCUUGGUACCUUCACUUCCCCUCUCUCCAAUGGUGGUCCUGGCGGUGCGGUAUAUGCCUUCAUUUUUGGAUGGGUGGGUACUGUCGCCAACUUCAUUGUCUUGGCCGAAUUGGCCUCCAUGGCGCCUACUUCGGGAGGUCAAUACCACUGGGCUGCCAUGCUUUCCCCGGUCAAAUACCAGAAGUUCAUCGGCUAUAUGACUGGGUGGCUUGCUGCUCUUGGUUGGCAGGCAUCUUUCGCCUCAUGUGCCUUUUUGACCGGAACCAUGACUCAAGGCGUGGCGAUCCUCGGCCACAAACUGUAUAAUUCGCAGCCGUGGCAUGGCACCUUGAUUGUUUGGGCCUCGCUGAGUUGCGCACUGCUCGUGAACCUGCUCAGCGGGAAACUCUUGCCCCGGAUCGAGGUGGUAAUUCUGGUCGUGCACAUCCUGGGCUUCUUUGGCAUUGUCAUCCCCUUGACGUACAUGUCCGACCACAAGACCAAGGAGGAGGUCUUCUUGGAUUUCUUGAACUCGGGCAACUUUGCUACCCAGGGAUUGUCCUGGUUUGUUGGCAUGACCAGCUGUGCUUUUGCUUUUGGUGGAGGUGAUGCUGCUGUGCAUAUGGCGGAAGAAGUCUCCAAUGCCUCGCGAGUCAUCCCGCAGGCGAUGAUGCUGGCCGUCGGUAUCAACGGCUGUCUCGGGUUCGGCAUGUUAAUCGCCGUGCUCUUCUGCGUGGGCGAUCUCGAAAAGGCCCUGAAGUCGCCGACGGGGUACCCCUUUAUGGACAUCUUCUACCAAGCGACCGGCUCACUGUCCGGGUCGCUGACAAUGUGCUCGAUCGUGUUGCUCAUCUACUGCUGCGCGCUGAUGGGUCUGCUGGCCGCAGCAUCUCGACAGCUGUGGUCAUUCUCGCGAGACCGGGGCGUGCCAGGCUGGCGGUGGUGGAGCCAGGUGUCGCCGGUGCAGCAGCUGCCCAUGUACUCGGUGACGGUGACGGUGGUCAUUGCCGCGCUGCUGGCCCUCAUUAACAUCGGGUCCAAGGUGGCUCUGGAGGAUCUCUUGUCCAUGGCCGUGUCGAGUUUGUACACGUCGUAUCUGAUGGUGACGGUUCUGCUGUUUGUCCGCCGGGUCAAGGGUGAUAUCUCGAUCUAUAAUGACAAUGACGAUGACGUUGUCAAUGUGCCUGGCGCCAAGCUUGUCUGGGGCCCCUUCCACUGCCCUGGCAUCUGGGGCAUUCUGGCGAAUGCCUACGCCAUUAUCUACAUCUCUAUUGUGGUCUUUUUCAGUUGGUGGCCCACCAAGAUGAACCCCACUAUCGAGGAGAUGAACUGGAGUGUGCUCGGUGUUUGGGCCUGCAUUCUUAUUGGCGUUGUAUACUACUUUGUGCGGGCCCGCCAUGUCUAUACUGGGCCUAUUGUGGAACUCUCUAUGUAA